GCGAACCUCAACCUCAUCCGUUCCCCUCCCUCCGAAAACCCAACACGAGCUCUCUGUCUCUCUCUCUCUCUCUCCAAACGAAGAGAUGCUAACCUCAACCUCUCCAUCUCUCCCUUCCUCUCUACCUUUUUCCAAGCAAAUGCUAACUUCAACCUCCCUCCCUCCAAACCAUAUGAAUACCCUCCAAAACCCUCACUCCUUUUCUCGCCGCCAUCUCCUUCUCUCGCUCUCCCUCUCUCCCGUUCUCCUCUCCCUUCCAAUCCCAGCCGUCGCCCGCGGCCUCUUCCAGAUGCCCCCGCCCCGCCUCAUCAACCGGUAUUUCCUCGUCCGGGCUGGGGAAUCAGAGUACGAGAGCAUUGGGAUUGUCAACACGAACCCCGUCGCCAAGACGUCAGUCGACAGCGGGCUGUCGGCGGAGGGGAAGCGACAGACAGCAAGGGCGGCAUUGGAGCUGAAGAGGAUCGGGGCGUGUGAGGGGGACUGCUGGAUCUGGCCAUCGAUCACGCAGCGGUCAUACCAGGCGGCUGAGAUCAUUGCAGCAGUGAAUGGUGUCACUCGCAGCCAUAUUGUUCCAGAGUAUAGCUUUCUCGAUGCUCGUGGGUUGGGAGCCUAUGAAGGAAAGGGCUUGGAGUCUGUUACUGAGGUAUAUGCAUCAGAUAGUAUUUCUCCCAGCAUCAAGCCACCUCCCAUUGACAAUGGAACCCCAAAUGAAAGUGUUUCAGACGUUUUUGUUCGUGUAACGCAACUCAUGUCGAUUCUAGAGACCCAAUACUCUGGAGAUACUGUUAUUAUUGUCUCGCCAGAUUCUGACAAUUUAACAGUUCUUCAAGCUGGUUUAGUAGGUCUUGAUCUCCGUAGGCAUAGGGAUCUGUCUUUCAGUCCUGGAGAGGUGAGAUUGGUUGAUCCGAAGAGCAUACCUACUUACAAGCAGCCUGCUUCAGCCAUUUACAAGUGUUUGAACCCACCGAGCUGUACUUGAAAUCCCACUACCUGUUCAAGGCAUGGAGCCUUUCAGCUGGUCCCUUUGCUACUCUAGCCUGUCACAGACUCCACCAAAACCACCAUAAUCACAUUGUAAUCUGGGAUGACUAACGGAUACAUUGAAUGCUUGGUAUACACACUGAUUGGAUCAUUCGUACACAAUGCAGCAGGGCCACACAAGCCCAUUGGCUGGAUAUCAUAUGAUCUUGAUUGGUUGUGCAUGGGCCUUUUGGGCGCGCUCAACCACAGCUAGCCAGCUCUGCCUUUUCUUUCCUUUUUUGUUAAGAAGAAAAAUUGGCCCGGCUUUAUCUUCC